AUGGCAAAAACUCAACCACAACCCAAGCACAACAGUUGCACAAAAUUUGUAUUCAUGAUCACCUUUGCCUGUGUUGUGGGAUUGGCUUGCAUCAUAAAUCUCGCGUCUUCUUUUUCUUUAUACUCUACUUAUCUUAGCAUCACAUCCAAUUGGGUGUCUCAUAAACCUCCUUUCGUUAUCGUUCCAAAAAUCAGAGAAGACCCCGAAAUUUCUAACAAGAUAGGGGAUGUAGUUCUGAAAAAAAAGAAGGGACAUACUUCUGAUUCUAAGAGACACUUAUCAGCAACAUUUGCGGAUUUACCAGCACCAGAUUUGGCAUGGGAACAAAUGCCAUCAGCACCAGUGCCACGACUUGAUGGAUCAUCAAUCCAGAUUAACAAUCUUUUUUAUGUUAUUUCAGGAUAUGGCACCCUCGACUAUGUGCAUUCUCAUGUUGAUGUGUUCAACUUCACUGAUAAUACAUGGUGUGCGAGGAUCGAUGCACCGAAAUACAUGGCAAAUUCGCAUCUAGGAGUGGCCAGUGAUGGGAGGUUCAUAUAUGUGGUCUCAGGUCAGUAUGGCCCCCAAUGUAGGAGCCCCACUUUUGUCACUUAUGUUCUAGAUACUCACACAAGGCAAUGGCUCGACUUUCCUCCUUUACCAGCCCCCAGGUAUGCUCCUGCAACUCAGUUGUGGAGAGGUAGACUCCAUGUGAUGGGGGGCAGCAAAGAAAACCGCCACACCCCUGGACUGGAGCAUUGGAGUAUAGCAGUAAAACAUGGCAAGGCACUGGAGAAAAAUUGGCGGCAUGAGAUCCCGAUUCCUCGUGGAGGACCGCAUAGAGCUUGUGUUGUGGUCGAUGAUCGUUUGUUUGUAAUCGGUGGUCAAGAGGGAGAUUUUAUGGCAAAACCUGGAUCACCCAUCUUCAAAUGUUCACGCAGGAACGAGGUGGUGUAUGAAGAUGUUUACAUGCUAGAAGGUGACAUGAAGGAAUGGAAAGUCUUAGCUCCGAUACCAAAACCGAACUCCCAUAUAGAAUGUUCAUGGGUGAUUGUCAACAAUUCAAUCAUAAUUACAGGGGGUACUACAGAAAAGCACCCAGUGAACAACAGAAUGAUACUUGUUGGGGAGGUUUUCCAGUUCCAUUUAGAUUCACUGACUUGGUCAGUGAUUGGAAAGCUUCCUUACAGGGUCAAGACUACCCUGGCUGCUUUCUGGGAUGGAUAUUUGUAUUUUACAUCGGGACAACGAGACAGAGGACCAGACAAUCCACAGCCAAUGAAGGUCGUCGGUGAGAUGUGGAGAGCCAAAAUCAAUGUCUAAUUACAUCCUUUUCAUCAUUCCAAUUUUGAUAGUAAUUAGGCAAUUCAUUUUCAGAA